AUGGACGACUCGCACGGAAUCGGCAAACCCGACCAAGCGGCCGUGCUGGGCCUCCUGACGGGCGUUCUAACGUUCCUUUCGGACGCGGCAUCGGAGGGCAGUCUUCGGGGGGACAACAGGGAGCCCCUGGAGCAGUACCUCAGCACACCCCUGGGUCCAGGUCUUAUUCCCGACAAAGAUGUUGUUGGCAACAAGGAGGCGGUCAGGCUAUGCGCCGCUCAGAUCCUCAUCAACAUGUGGUUCGCCUCACCUGGCGGGGAAUCGACCGAGGUGCUCGUGGACGCCGUCGACAACCUGAUCGACCUUGGCAUACAAGUUCCCGAUUUCGGCAGGCAUUCCCGCAGGAUCCUCGCCGCCCUGGCUGCCGAGGCUGAGGGAGCCCGCGAGCGUGCGACCGCCGCGAACAUGGCCGUGCCUCCGGACAUGGUCAGCGGCGACGGUGUGAGGGCCGCCAUACUGAAGUCACUGCUUGAGGCCGUGGGCACCAUGGACAAUCUGGAGGAUGAGAAGACGGUCAACAUGUUUGAAUUCGUGGCCGGUAUCUACGGUGUCAGGAACCCCGACCACGAUCCGCAUCAUGAACGCGACCUCGGCAUCGCCUACGAGCCUCUUCUGAAGUGCAUCGACAUUGGCGUCAAAAAGGUGCUGGAAGACACUGCAGUUUCACAGGUGGGCGAAGUUGCGGCCGUGGCCGUUGGGGCUCUGUUCACCCGCCCCGUCGUCGAGAUCAUGUACCGGAGGUGGAGUGGCCACGCCGACUCCCGCUUCGAGCGGUGGCAGACGCGCUGGGCCCAGAUACAUGCUCAUUACCCCGCGGAGUCUCUGCAGGGCCAAACCGCCAGUCAGGUUCUUCGGCGUAUGAGGGUGGUCCGGUAGCAGCCCAGGGCCCAAGACGUCUCAAAAUUGUUGACUGGAGGUGCAGGGAUGGGGAAUGACGGACGGAUUUCCAUGUGGAAAUGUGGGAGAGGGUUGGAGAAGAAUGCAUCCAGAAAGAGAUAAAGCCAGUCUAGAACCCG